AUGAUAAAAAUGUCAAUAAACGAAGACUUCAGCAAUAGUAACCCCAUAUAUCUAGUAUUUACACUAGCAAAGCUGCUUCAUAUAUUGGCAACUUGUAUACCUUAUUGUGCAACUUCAGUCCUGAGUGUAGUACUGGCCUUCUCAGGAGAUAUUCUGUGGGUGCAGGAUUUUUUGUUGCAAGCCUCAGAUUUAAUGGACUGCAUUCAUAAGAAUAAAAGCAAAUUUUAUGAAAUGAUACAUGAAAAACAUAAUAUUUUUUCUCAAAUUAUAUACAAUACCCACAUAAAUAAAAAAAAAUUCAUUAAGAUUUCAGAUACAGAUUAUAAUGAAAUAUGUACUUUAUACUCAUAUUAUCAAGCCAUAAGUAUUUCCUUAAACUUUUUAUCAAGUAAAAUACAAUGUCGUAAGGAAUUAGCUAAGAACUUUGCAAUUAAUCAAACUCAUUCAUCAUCUUUACUACUAUUAAAUGCUCGUCAAGAGCCGGGUUGGUGGUCUUCUUGUGAGUACAAUGAAAGUUACGAAUUUUCUGACAAUAAUUCUGAUUAUAUAUUGAGUAAUUUGAGCUUACAGUUGAGUGAUCUGAUAAGUCAACUCUAUCAGUUAGAGUGUCUAUCUUUAGCAAUGAAUUUAUCAUCUAGGCAUCCAGCUUUAAUAAAAAAUAUAUCAAGUAUAACAGCUAUAAAUGCUGAUUAUUUUAGGAAAGUUUUGAAAGGCAAAGAUCCAAUGGAUGGACAAUUAUGUAUGACACUUGCAUCAACAUUAGAUAAGAAGGAAUCAUGGAAUGUUUUUGUACAGUCACUAAUUCCAUCAAAUAUACUAGAUAACUACUUUAGAGCUCAACGCAUGGCUAGAAUAGGUUGGGAUUUGGGUAUACUUUUCAAUCACUAUAGCAUGAGAAAAGAGAUGGAAGAAUUACAUAAGCACUCUAAAUGGUGCAAUUACUUUAGACUUUAUGGUAUUCAAUUUGAUCAGUCACUAUUUUUCCAAAAGCAAGAUCCAAAAAAUAUUCAGCAUAUGACAUAUCAAAAAAGUAUCGUACCACUACUAAUAUACAGGAGCAGUUUUGACUUAUUUCUUUGCCUACAAUAUGCAAGAGACUAUAUGAUACAUGAUGAAUAUGUCGUUUCACUAUGGAUAGAAAAGCUACUCUUAUAUGUAUUUGACGAAAGAUACCAAAAUAUGAUGGCAAACCUUGCUUCAUGCAUUUCUCCCACCAUAGGGAAAGAGGUCUUUGAUAGAUUAUUAGGGUUAAUAUCCUCUUAUGAUUAUGAGAGAAUUAACUUCAUUCUAUCAUGGUAUAAGGCAUACAUACUAAAUAGUAAUUCUAUGAGAAAAUUUGAUAUUAAUAGCAGGGUAAUAAAAGGAAUUAACCAAGACUGCAGUGUUAGCAACGAUAUCAUUUCUACAAAUACGAAAACUCACUUUUCAAUUCCAAUUGAAAAUCAAUAUCAAAUCCUACAAGCAUUAAUGGGUUAUAAUAGAGUAGGUGAAAUGGAUGAAGAAGAAGAAAGAUUAAUGAUUAGUGAAAUAAAUAAUUUGAAGAAAAAAAAUGCUGAUUUUUGGGAUGAGGGUAUUGAAACUACAAUAAGGGUUAAGUCUAAAAAGAGACUUCCAUUCCACUAUUUAAUCAAUGAUCCAUGGAAAGUACUGAAAAAUGAAAUAUGUGAUAAUACAAUUUAUAACCUAAAAAAACUAGCUACUUAUUUAAAUAUACAGAUAGUACACUUCGAUAUACAGCUUGUAUGGAAUAUUGUAUUAUAUAGAAAAAGUCAACAUAAAAAAUUAACUGACUUUAAUCAGCCUGAAGUAUAUUCUCUGAAUAAUCAUUUAAUAAACUAUACAACGGCUAACGAUGAAGCUAGUAAUACUGAUAACAUUUUAUUAAGUUAUAUAGAUUCAAUCGCAUCUUUUGAUAUCGAAAUGGGACUAGCAACUGUAUUGUUAAUUAUUGAUGAACUUCCCUUAACAAUUACUACACUGAAAUUAUUGGAAUGGUGUGAGACCAAGAUUAACCUGCUAGAUAACGUGGAAUUAUCAAAAGGCUUACCAAAAUCUAGUCCCAGUAAUAGUAGUGAUUUAAAUUAUGGCUCUAUAUCAAAUAUUGACCAUAUGAUUAAAGACCGUAAAAGCUUAACAAGAUCGUUACUUAUAUUACAAAGGUAUUACCUAGAUGAAAUUUUUGGUAACAUACUAAUAUUAACAAAUGAUGCAAUAUUAUGUAUUCACUGUUUGUAUUACUACUUAACUCCUAUCAUUUCUGAAGGCAUACACAAAAGUUUACCAUCAUAUAUCCAAUUAGCUAUUCGUCAAAGUUUCUGUAGUCUAUCACCAACUAAUCAAAAUUCGAAGAUAAAUGGUGAUGAUAGUAUACUGUCAUCAAAUUAUUCAACAGGAUCUCUACUGAUGAUGGGCUCAAACUUGUCAAAUAAAUUUCACUCAUUUAUCGAUGAGCUUUGCAAUGCAUAUUGUAUUGACGCUAAAAAAACAAGAAUAAAUCUAGUAAAAAGUAUCCUUAAUAAACCAAAUGAAACACCAUAUAGUGCAGUUAAGAUUAAAUAUGCACACAAUGUGAAGGAUUUAUUUGAAAAAAUAGAAAGUAGUGGUAUUAUGGAGAGUUUAAAUUAUUGGUAUCCAGAUUUAGCGAAAAAUAAAAACGAGAAUAUGCACAUUAUAGAUAAGUCUUGUAUAGACAGAAUAGCUUUUAUCUGCAAUGGUAUAUCACUGAAUGAUGCAAUUUUGCUACUAUUAUCUAUUUCAUUUAAAAAUUCAACAAAUUAUAGUUAUGCUAUAAAGUGCCGUGCUUUAAAUGUACUAUUUCAAAUAGCAUCUACAAAAAGUAUUCAGAAACGAUAUCCCAAGUAUAGUGACUUGAAAGUUAUAUGGCUCCAUAAUUUUUACAUGGAGUAUUGUCAACAAUUACAUAUACCACAAGAUUUUAGCAAAUUUUACUUAUCUGAGAAGACAGGAUUGGCGAGAUCUCUAUGGCGUGAAUAUAAAAAUCAUCAAAAGACAAAAUAUAUUCAAGAUAUCGGAGAUAUAGAUAAUUAUAUGGAGAAUUACUACUAUAUUGGAAGUAAUAAAUUACGCUGCAUUGAUGACAAUGAGCAUAAUUAUAUCCAACAUACCUCAACAGUUGAAGAUAUUUCAAAUUCACUAUUAUAUCUAUUGGCACCAAUGUGCACUGAUUUUAAUAUUACAGACUCUUCAUUAUUUGCAAAUAUUACUGAACAGCUAUACUUAAACUCAAAAAGUGACUUAUACUCAAUGCAUGUUUUAAGCAGUUUGUUAUCUACAAUUUAUAAUUCUGGAUAUAUUUACAGCUUACCACUUAAUGAUACUUUAAUCUCCACUUGGCAAUUGUUAAUCUGUAAUCCCUACAAACAAUUAACAAGUGUAAUAAAGGAUCAUUUAGUGCAUUUUUGGCAUGGAAUAGAAGACAAAAAAACACCAACCUAUUUUAAAUAUGAUAUUGAGCUAUACUUCAAAAUUCCUAUUCAAUGUGAAAUUUUAUCUAUCUUGUCAGAAUUUUAUCUAAGAUGCCCAAUAAUACCAUUUUUGGAUAUAAACCAAAUAAUAGAUGUUAAUUUUGAAUUUAUGAAUAUACUAGUGAAGCUAAUGAACUUUAUUAAAAAAAGUAGAUUAAGUGAUGUAACUAUGAACUACUCAGACCACUUUAACCUUUUAAUCUCUAAUACAGUGAUAUUCUUCAAAAAUUUGGGAAAUAUAAUUAAUAGCAAAUUUAUAGCUAAGGAAAAUGAAUCAGAAUUAUAUAAUUUGGAGGAUUAUAUAAAGUCUGAAAACAAUUGUCCAAAUAACAAUAGUAAAUAUUGCUUAUCUAUUUGUGAAAGUGUACUUUUGAUCAUCUCUAGUCAUCUUAUGAAACUUGUUGAUAUUAAGAUGGCUGCAUAUAAAUCAACUCAAAAUGAUACUUCUAAUUAUUUUAUGAGUAAACUGGACUUUGAUAACACUAAUUUACUGAUUUACUUUACUCUGACUACUAGAUCCAAUAAUCUAUUAAGUCUACUGGUUAUCCAAAUUGUCAAUAAAAAUCUGAUACCAGCAUUAUUCGAGGUAGAAAAUAAGUUCAAUAAAGAGUCUAACAUUAUUGAUGUAAAUAAUUAUCAGCAAGCAACUUCACUAUAUUGUAUAGAUAAACUGAAUUUAUAUGAUUAUAUUUUUUGUCAAUUAAUGUAUAAUGGAUGUGAUUCAUGUGUUAAUGAAAUUAAAAAGUGCUUAGUACACUAUAAAAUUGAUUCAGUCUUGCCACUUAUACUUCAAUUCAUGCGUGGGGAGACUAAAAGUGAAGAUUUAAUUUAUAAAGAACUUAAAUAUCUAGAUAAUAAUAAUAAAGAAUUGGAAUCCCAAAGAAUCAAAAAAGUUGAUGUAUAUCAUCACUUGAAAAAUAUAUUUAUUCAAUUGAGAAAGCAUCCAAAAACCUCAAAUCUGGUUAAUAAACUUAUCACAUGUCUUCAAAAAGUCUAA